AUGGACUCGACGUACAAGGAGCCGAGCGGCGCAGCUGUGCCGACCAGCUACGCAGUGCUGAGUCUGCCGAGCAAGGCGACCAUGCGCCGCAAAGGCUACAACCCGGAUGACGUGAACUACAACGGCGGCCUUGCCUUGCACCCGCUCGCCACGUGGAGGACGUUCAGUCUGCCAGAUGGAUGUACAUACAAGGAUGCCGUGACGGCGGUGCAGACGGCCAACGCGAAGCCAUGGGGACCGAUCAAGAUCCGCCUCAACUUCUCCGAUGGCCGAUACGAGCAGUUCGAGCGGGCGGCGCCGUCCGUCAUGGAUUCCCUUCAAAGCACCACGACGUACAACCCAAAUGGCGUCUUCAAGGAAGAGACCCUGUCGUUGUCAACGAUGCGCCGCGCGCAGCAGCAGCCUCGUCUUCGUCCGCUGGUGGACGAGCGCGGCCACCACCUCAGCAGCAAGCCUAUCCCACGCACCUUCGCUCCUGAGGAGCUCUACAAGAACUGCCCUCCGCCGGUACUGUGCCAGCCUGGCUAUGAUUUCACUCCAGUAAGCUACAACACGUUCCUGCUGAAGCCGCAGGACCCGCCGCAGGGGGUGCGCAACGUGCAGAGCAACUUCACGCACAGCAUCUGCGACUACCGCCCGCGCUCGUACCUUCGCCCGGAGGGGGCGACGGGGACUACACAUGCCAGCCGUCAUUGCCACUGCAACGAAGUGUUUCAGGUUGGCGACUACACAAUGGACUUUGCCUGUGAGGGGACGACGGUCAACCACCGCAACCGCCUCGUGAUGAAGGAUUACUCACGCAUCGGUACGCUGAAGGCGAACUCCUCUGUUGUUGGCCGCCGCCACGCCCGCAGGCCGCGCUUUGGUUGCACUGCCAUGGCGGCUAGGGAGUCCAGCGCUACCGCGGUUUCCUCAGCAGCCGACGAGGAGACGGCGUAG